AUGGAUAGUAUUUCAAAAGGGAAAAGCAGAAAGAAAAACAAAAAGACUCUUUUAAGAGAAAGAAACAGACGUGCAAGUCUUAUGCGUAACUGCGUCAAAAAUAGAAUUAUUCAAAAUCAUGAACCAGGAAAAGAGUUAUCAGGAAGGUUAAAUUUAAAAUCUGAUUUUGAUACAAAAGAUGAAUCAAAAGAAAAAUCUUCAUUAAAAGGAAAUGAAAAAUUAAAUUACAAAAAAAAUAAAAAAUUAAUAGAAAAAAAACGUUGUAGAAAUAAAGUUAUGCCAAUGAAAUUGAUUAAAAAUGAUAAUUUUGAAAAAGAAGAUUCAGAUGUAAAUGAGAUUUAUGAAAAUCAUACAUUUGUAACAGAACAAUUAAAUAUCGCUAAUCAUAUUUUAGAUGAUAUAUCUGUUACACUUAAAAAUAUGGAAUGUGUAGUUAUGAGGAGAAUUUAUCGUAAAACUGAUAAGGAACAAACAAUUAACCAUGAAAAAAGAGUCCUUAGAAGUGAAAAAAGAAAAAUGGAGAAUGAUAUUAUAUGUUUGAAGGAAGAGAUACUAAAGAUUAAAAACCUUUUAAAAGAUGUGAAAAAUGAGAAUGAAAAAAAUAGUGAACUUGUUGACAAAUUGAUAAAGAAAAAUUCAUACUUACUUGCAUCAGAAAAAUAUAAAACAGAACUUUGCGAAGAUUUACAUGAUAAAAUCGCUGCUUUGGAAUCUAAUAAAACUGUAAAAUAUUAUUGGUCACAAAGUUAA